AUGGCGGUGGUGAAUGAAGUCUCCGAUAUCCUGGAGGCUUCCAGUCGACUGCAGACACCUUAUCUCCCCCUUGUGCUGGUUGUCUACCAGGGGCUGUCCUUCACCGACUCGAGCUGGCCAGAGGAAGGCUUGCGUAUCACAGCCAACGUAACGCUGAGCGCAACCCUCGGCAGCUAUGUCACCAUUAGUUUUGGCUUGAAGACCGUACUGUUCACGGUCGACAAGAAUUUCUCCAGCACAGCAUUUCUAUCAUUCCGUGGGUGCAUCCUUGUAGACCUGCCGUUGAGCUAUCUGCCCGUGCACCACCCCAGGCGCCCCUUCGGCGUGCUUUCAACGGCGUUAUGGCCUGUGUACAGGGAGGAGGUUGCUAUGGGGCUGUACAGCUGUACGCUGAUCCUGACACACGAGGAGUUCAAGUUCUGGUCCUUUUGGCUCUCGAUCCUGGUUUCGCCAAUUCCAAGCGUCAGGGCAAUGGGAAACUGGACGUACGCAAGUAAAGUGACGCUUGGGACCUCUGGCGACGACUUCAUUCAACUGGAGAAUUACUUUGGGCGAUACACGACACUUCACGACGUCCGGUACCAGGUUUCAAAUGAGCUGUAUGCAACACAGCAACGCAACAACAUUCUCCAGAUUACGAAUGACGAGGCAGUGCCCCCGACGGUGGUCUUCCAGACGCGCAACAGCAGCGAUCUCCUAAGCGCGCUGUCGAGCUCACCCAGCGCGACGGCUGCUCAGCACGGCCAGUACAUUAUCCUCACGGCAAACCUGACAAUAAUGAACGAGUCUCAGUGGCCUCCGGAUGGUGCCCCCAUACGUUAUCCAACAACGAUAACCACGUGGCCUUCGUCAUGGGUCGCAUUCGACUUGCGGCAGAUGCGCAAUGCGUUUAAGAUUCUGGGGUCGACGUCUACCACCAUCAAAAACGUGGUGUUGCUCAAUCUUGCACCCGGACCGUCGGAUAGCGAACUCGCCGGCCUGACCACAGGGCUCUGGGCAUUCAACUUCAGUUGGGGCAACGCUGACUACCAACGGCUCAACUUGGACAACGUGGUUAUGGUGGUUCCACGAGAGGAAGUAAACUACUACAUCACUACCGCUGUCGAUCAGAAACAGACGGACACCUGGAUUUCAUCAUUUGAGGUGCUUUCACAAGAUACAGUCAACCGCUCGUGGGUGCAGUUCAGGUCGCUGGCGACAACGCGGUUCAUCGCGCGGUACUUGAACAUCACUGACACAAUACCCUACGUGUUUGACAGCGACUCGCUCAACAUUACCACCGUGUCAGGGCAUGUGUGGAACUUCCGCGAUGGUGGUUCGGCAUCGGAGGACGGACGCAAUGUGUUGCUGUUUGCACUUGUCGCAAUUGCCCUCCCGACUGCCCUGGGCUCCGCGUUGUUGACGUACAUCCUCCUGAGGCGUCGCCGCCUCACGCGGCUGUGCCAAAGCGAGGGCCCGCCACAGGGAAGUAAGUUAAAGGACGGCGGCGGUGACGGCGAGGACUGCGCGGGCGUGGAGGAGCACGAGGAGCACAAGGCAGCCCGGCAAGAUGAGCUGCCGGCCUGCUGCUUUCCUUUUCCCUUAUCACUUCCGCUCCGGAAGUCGAAAUUUGUCAAUCCUCUCUACCACGACGGGGGCAGAGCUCCCCCGGAUAUCAUCCUCACGGGUGUCCUGGGGCCGGCGGCGUUGGCGCGGUCCCUGGCGCCCGUCCCGCCAGAGACGACAAUCCUGGACUCAAGUACGUCAAUCAGCACCGUUGCGGAGUUAGCUUUGGAGUUGGAAGGCGUGCCAGCAGCUCAGGGCGAGACACUCGCAGAACAGACCGUGACAGGGGACGCGUUUACAGGGCGGCGAUCAGGGAACAGCCCUGGAGACAACCCGCCUCUGUGCGUCUUGAGCGCCGCACCUGCGGAAUUGCGCCAAGGAAGGGAGGCGUCAGAAAGCUUGGCGGACGCUGCAGCAGAUAGCGGCAUAUCGUCGCUAUCUGAAACCUGCACGGCCGGGUUUGGGCCGCGGCUCGAACACGGGGGACCUAGUAGAAGUAGCGCCACGCGGCUAACGCCUGGAGGCGUCAAUACUGUGAUGCAGUCUGCGGCCGCCGGGUGCGCGACCGGGGGCACGGCGCUUCUAGUCCAUGGGGCCGGAACCAGGCCACCACCACCUGAAAUCUCGUGCGAGCGGCGUGACAGCCCAGCUGUUGCUGCCGCAACUGCGGAGUUGGCCAUCAUGCCAUCGACAUCCAGAGGGCAAAAUGCAGACGCUGGUAUUAGCGAGAUUGUACGUGCUGGCGCGCAUUGCCUGGCACCAAAUGCCCACCCGGGAGGCUGUGGGGAAGCGGGUUUACAGCUCGACCGCUUGCGGAGGGAGAUUGGCGAUCGCCACCUUGAAGUUCAACACAGUCUUGGGUGGGGGGGCUGCGGAGUUGUGUACAAGGGUGUAUGGAAGGGCCUGCAGGUGGCGGUGAAGACGAUACUGCUCCAAGGAGACAGCAAGCAAAGCCAUCAGUUCCUGACGGAGGCUGAAAUUUCUGCCAGUCUCCAGCACGCAAACAUCGUCACAACGUACUUGUACGAGCUGCGGCCGUUGGGCGAGGUGGAUUCUUCCGCAGGGGCCGUGGAGAUUCGGACCCGCUCUGCGUCGUCGGAUGAAGCCCCUGGACAGGACACUGAACGAAUGAGCUGCUGGAAGCUGUACAUAGUCCAAGAGUAUUGCGAGUUGGGAACACUGAAGGCGGCAAUUGACCAGGGCUACUUCAAAGGUUCGGGAAACGGCCUUCCAAACCUGGCGUUUCUCCUUACCAUGGCACUGGACAUUUCGCUUGGCCUCGCGCACGUGCACUCUAAAAAUGUGGUGCAUGGCGACGUUACGGUCAGCAACGUCCUGUUGCAGGCCUUUCCGGGCAGACCCCAAGGCUGCAUUGCCAAGGUCGCUGACUUCGGCUUGAGUGUCAAGUUCGAGGCGGGGCAGUCGCAGGGCUACCACCUGUAUGGGGGGACGCCACACUACAUGGCGCCGGAGCGCGUCCGCGGAUUCCUGUACAAACAGUCAGACAUUUACUCGCUGGAUCUUGGCCACCGUUUCCCAAAUUUGGCACGUCUCGACCUCUCUGGUGACUCACAGCUGGUUGGGGGACUAACGUUGUUUCGCGCGCUGCAGUCCGCCAGCCAGCUCACCAGCAUCAGCUUCGCGACCUGCACCUCCCUGCCUGCGUCCUUCGUCACCAGGCAGCUCAUCGAGGCGUGCCCUCGGCUUCAGCACCUGGCCCUGAGCUGCUGCUGCUCUGGCGGAGCCGACACGGAGGCCGCCACGAUGUCCGCACUUGCAGCAGCGCCGCUCGCCGCCACGCUAACCUCCCUAGACCUCCAUUGCGGCAACGCCUUCCAACCAGAGCUGCGCCACCUAGAGGGCCUCGGCAGUGGGCUAAUGUCGCUGCGAAUAUAUGGCAGCCGUACACUGAGCGACGAGGCGCUGGCAGUGUUGCCGCACCACAUGCCUGCGCUGGCGGAGGUGGUGCUAGCGGAGCAGCAUUCGCGGCGGGGAAGGCAUGUCCGCGGAGAGGGUCUUGCUGCGCUGCGCGGCCUGACGGCGCUUCGGGCUCUAUCGCUGGCUUGCCCAGAGCCCGACGCCCGAAGCAUGGCGACUGCGCUGGCAACGCUGACGCAGCUCACAGAGCUGGACAUAUCCCGGUGCGAGCCGCAGUUGCUAGAGGCCCUGUCACCGCUUAGCAUACUCGUGUGCAACAGCGGUGAUGGCGGUGGAAUGCUACAGCGGCUUUCGUUGCCGACCGCCUAUACGGAACGGCAGCUUGAGCGGGGCCUCCCGGUUGUGUUCGGCAGUGGCGCCGCCAUCGCCAGCGGCGGUGAUGAGGAUGGGGCGGCAAUGAUGGCCGUCCAGCUACAGGCCCUGCACCUACAUGCCUCAGCGGCGCUACCGGUGGCGAUGGUGGAGGCCAUGUCGCGCCUGGGGAACCUGCGGCAGCUCAGUCUCUCACACUGUGGACCAGCGGGUUCCGGGGCAACGGUGCAGGCGGCAGCGGCAGCGCUAACCAAGCUGACGUCAUUUCGCCUGGUCCAGGAAUACGGCAGUAGCGGUGAUGGCGAAUCCAGCACUGCUGCCGGUGGCGUUGCGGGACCUGCAGGUGGUAGGGGUGCACUGCAUGACGUCGACCCACAUGUCGGGGGGAAUACCACCCUGCAGCUUCACGGCCAGCCCGACGUCGUCACUUGGUACGAUGGCUUGCUGACGUGGAGCGCUUUGAUGCGGCUUGAACUCACUGACCUGGACGGCUUGGACGACGCCCACCUUUUCAGCAUUGGCUGCUCGCUGAGUGUGUUGUCGUGUUGUCGCUUCAGCCGCAACACCCGCAUUACGGGCGUGGGGUUUGCUUCUUGGCCUGCUGGCUGCCGCCGCCUCAAGGCCCUCACGUUGUACGACUGCGCGCGCGUCGGUGAUGCCGCUUUGGAGCACGUGUCAGCAAUGCCGCUGCUGACGCUGACACUGGCGUACUUGCCGGAGGUCGGCGCCGAUGGCGUGCGGCACCUGGCAGAGGGAUGUAAGUCGCUCCGGAGCCUGAUCUUGGAGCGCAUGGCCCGCGCACCUGGUGCAGCACUCGCGGCUCUGUGGCGGCUUCCUCGGCUGGAAGCCCUGUGUCUGCGCAUGUGCAAUGUUAACAACCUCACACUCGAGAUGGCACUUCCACCUCCCCGGCACUUAGCAGAGGACUCGCCAGCUGCUGCUGGUGCUGUUGGUGCUGUUGGUGCUGAUCUUACAGCUGUCGGCGGUGAGUCUGUCAGCAGCACUGCAAUGACCGGGGCCUCUUCGGCUCCGGCGGCGAGCGGCCGCGAAGAUGCAGCAGGUCACGGGACGCAGCUGGGGCAGCAGCUGCAGUCGGUGUGGGCAGCAGCGCAGCAUCUGACAUGGCUGGAGCUACAGGGCUCGCUGGCUGCCAGCAGGAUGUAG